AUGGAGGGCAACCCAUUCCCAGAUACAAUCAUUGCCGACUGGAGAUUCUUGGAUGCUUCGCCCAGAAGCCACUGCCGCAAGUGCAGCAAGUCAAGGAAAUACUACUGCUACUCAUGCUGUGUCCCACUUCCUCACCUGGAAUCAGGUUUACCAAAGGUUAAGCUUCCUGUGAAGGUUGACAUCAUUAAGCAUCCGAGUGAGACUGAUGGCAAAAGUACGGCUCCACAUGCAGUCAUUCUGGCACCAGAAGAUGUUGCUAUUCAUACAUAUCCUUGUAUACCUGACUAUGAUCCCAGAAAGGUUGUGCUUGUCUUCCCUGGUGAGCAUUCUCUCAGUCUAGAAGACCUGACAGCAGAUUGUUCUGAAAGAAACGGCAAAGGUUCAUCACAUGACACAAUUAUCAGGAACACAGUUGGUCCUGAUGGGUUAACUACAACAGAUCCUGGGUCUGGUGCAGUGAAUGGCAAACCAUGCAGUAACAGUCAACAGUCUGGCACGACAGAUGCUGAAUUGUUGGUUCCAGCAGAUGGUGACAAACUGAGCAUACUUGAUGAGCAUAAAGAGGACACAGUUUCUGAAGCUAAGACCUCUGAUAGUGGUGAUGCUGCAGAUGAUCAGCUGCAUAAAAGAUCACUGGCUGACAUGACUUCAUCUGGUGAUGGUGAGGAAACACUAGAGCUGCCAUCUAAGAAGUUCAAGAUGUCACCGAACCUUCCGUUUGAAAAAGUUGUGUUUAUUGAUGCAACAUGGAACCAAACACAUAAUAUCAUCAAUGAUGAGAGACUGAAGAAUCUGAAAAGGGUUGAGCUUCGGACUAGAAAUUCAAAUUUUUGGCGAACUCAAGAGGGAGUACCGAAGACAUACCUGUCAACAAUUGAAGCAAUUUAUUAUUUUAUCAGGGAUCUUCAUACAUUGUUUAUUGACUCUGAGUACCAACAUGAAUACGACAACCUGUUGUUUUUCUUUUGUCACAUCUACAGCAGAGUACAGAAGGGAUCACAGCGAGCAGAGAAAAAGGUUUAA